GUCAUCACCCCUCACGGAAGUCAGCACUGACGAUGGUGGCGGCCUCGUCAGCCUAUUAGCAGGAAGAGGAUGUUUGCUUCCAGUGAAAGAAUAAUAUCACCUGAUUAUAAGCCGUUAUAGGAAAGUAAACCACCGUGGAUUUUUCUCUCUGCUCGGGAUUAGACCGCUCAUUCCUUCACCUGGAGCCGGCCUCUGUGAGUCUGAAGCCGGGCGCUGGGUAAAAAAUGUCCCUGUUCCAGUCGGCACUGGAUUUCCUAGCCGGGCCCGGCUCGUCCGGAGCGGCCAGCCGGGACCAGAAUGAUUUCGUCGGACAAGUCGUGGAGCUCGGUGACAUGAAACUGAGGAUCAAGAGGGUGAUCGCGGAAGGUGGAUUUGCCUUUGUGUAUGAAGCUCAGGAUAUGAGUACUGGUAAAGACUAUGCCCUCAAGAGGCUGCUUUCCAAUGAGGAGGAGAAGAACAAGGAAAUCAUACAGGAAGUCUGCUUCAUGAAAAAGCUGUCGGGUCAUCCCAACAUGGUUCAGUUCUGCUCUGCUGCUUCCAUCAGUAAGGAGGAGUCCGACACCGGGCAGGCCGAGUUCCUGAUCCUCACUGAGUUGUGUAAAGGUCAGCUGGUGGACUUUAUAAAGCGGGUGGAGCAGAGGGCUCUCCUGUCAUGUGACACUGUGCUGAAAAUCUUCUACCAGUCGUGCCGCGCCGUGCAGCACAUGCACAAACAGAAGCCUCCAAUCAUACACAGAGACCUGAAGAUUGAGAACCUCUUGAUUAGUAACCAGGGCACCAUCAAGCUGUGUGACUUUGGCAGCGCCACCACAGUGUCACAUUACCCCGACUACAGCUGGUCGGCACAGAAGAGGUCCAUGGUGGAGGAUGAGAUCACAAGGAACACCACUCCAGCAUACCGAACACCAGAGAUGAUCGAUCUCUACUCCAACUUCCCCAUCAAUGAGAAACAGGACAUCUGGGCCCUAGGAUGCAUCCUCUACCUGCUGUGUUUUAAGCAGCACCCGUUCGAGGAGGGGGCCAAGCUGCAAAUCGUCAAUGGGAAAUACUCCAUUCCUCAGAACGACGUCAAGUACACUGUGUAUCACAACCUCAUACGUUCCAUGCUGAAGGUAAACCCAGAGGAGCGUCUGUCCAUUACAGAGUUGGUCAACCAGCUCCAGGAGAUAGCAGCAGCACGCAACGUCAACCCCAAGUCUCCCAUUACAGAGCUGCUGGAGCAGAACGGAGGUUUUGGCAACAACGGAGCCCAGCCGCCCAUGCAGAUCCACAACGUCCACAACAAUGCAGGCAUAUACGAUCCUGAUCAGGCGGGCAGCGGCCUCUUUGAUAUCUUACGGGGAGGAACCGAGCGCUUCCUGACUAACAUAAAGGACACUUCCUCUAAGGUCAUCCAGUCAGUAGCCAGCUAUGCCAAAGGGGACCUAGAUAUUUCAUACAUCACCUCCAGAAUAGCAGUCAUGUCCUUCCCAGCAGAGGGGGUGGAGUCAGCGAUAAAGAACAACAUUGAGGACGUCCGUCUCUUCCUGGAUUCACGUCAUGCUGGCCACUAUGCUGUCUACAACCUCUCCAGGCGAUCGUACAGGCCUUCUCGAUUCCACAACAGGGUUUCAGAGUGUAACUGGCAAGUGCGCCGUGCCCCCAACCUCCGCAGCCUCUACAGUGUGUGUAAGAACAUGCAUCUAUGGCUCAAACAGGACCAGAGGAACAUCUGUAUAGUACACUGUCUGGAUGGCAGGGCAGCAUCAGCGGUGGCAGUUUGCUCCUUCCUGUGUUUCUGUCGCCUUUUCACCACAGCUGAGGCGGCUGUCUACAUGUUCUCAAUGAAACGCUGCCCGCCUGGUAUAGCACCCUCACACAAGAGGUAUAUAGAGUAUAUGUGCGACAUGAUGGCAGAGGAGCCCAUCGUCCCCCACAGCAAGCCCAUAACAAUUCGCUCCAUCGUCAUGACACCUGUGCCACUGUUCAACAAGCAGCGUAACGGGUGCAGGCCGUUCUGUGAAGUUUAUGUUGGAGACGAGAGAGUCCUCACCACAUCACAGGAGUACGACAAGAUGAAGGACUUUAAGAUGGAGGAUGGGAGAGCGGAGAUUCCCCUCAAUGUGACAGUCCAAGGAGAUGUGCUGGUGGUGAUCUACCAUGCAAGAUCCACACUGGGAGGACGUCUACAGGCUAAGAUGGCAUCCAUGAAGAUGUUUCAGAUCCAGUUCCACACAGGCUUUGUCCCCAGAAAUGCGACCACUGUCAAGUUUGCCAAAUAUGACUUAGACGCCUGUGACAUCCAGGAGAAGUACCCAGACUUGUUCCAGGUUAACUUGGACAUCGAGGUGGAACCCAGAGACAGACCCACCACCAAGACCCCUCCUUGGGAGGGCUUCCAAACCAAGGGCCUCAACCCCAAAAUCCUUUUCUCCUCUCGCGAUGAGCAGCAGGAAAUCCUCAGCAAAUUUGGUAAGCCCGAGCUGCCUCGUCAGCCAGGCUCCUCAGCAUUUUAUGACUCAGAGUCGCCCCAGCCAGCUCAGACCCCCGAAGGCUCCACUGCAACAGAAACAGAAUCUCCUGUGAGCACUGAUAACAACGCCAACAACUUCUUCCAGACACUAGAUUGGGAAGAUGUGGGCAGCCCUCAAGAUGCCUCAGACAGUCAAGGAGGAGGAUCAAUGAAUGACCAGGAGGAUGUGAGCGAUCAAUCAGAAGGAGAGUCCUACUCUUAUUCUGCCCCCAGUGGGGAGCCACUGUCACGUGACCCCAGCGAGCCGCUGUUUGAUGCUGACUUCCAGACCUCCCCUCCUGCAGCCCAGGAAUCUCCUGUCGGUGACACAGCUGACCUCUUGGGACUGAACUCCGACCCGUCCAUGUCCUCAUCGUCCUCCUCUGCUCCUCAUCAAGGAGCCCAGGGAGGAAUGAAAGCUGCAUCUAGCAACAGCGACCUCCUCAACGACCUGUUUGCACCCCCUGGUGGUCAGACAGGAGCGGUGCAGGAAGACUUGUUCUUCAGUGGGCCAGCCAGUGGGGCCACAUCAGACUCAAAAUCCAUGGGCGACCUGUUCGAUCCGUUUGGGAUGGGGUCUGGCUCUGGUGUCAGCUCCACCGUGGGUUCAUCUCGGCAGGCCUCUGGUCCAGACCUGUUUGGAGACCUGUUGGGUUCUGAAGGUUCAGCUCACAGUAACCCCGCUCCUGCUUCCAACACAAGCCUCUUCAACCUCAAUAAGCUAGUGAAUGAUACCCCUAAGAUGACAUCAUCAGCCAGCCAGCCAGACCUGCUGGGAGGGUGGGACAGCUGGGCAGCUGGCACCAACGCUAGCAUGAGUGCCACCACCAGCAAACCCAGUUAUACCAACACAGCUUCUAGUGCUGCGUCUAUGUCGAAGGCCAAGUCUCAGACCUUUGAUCCCUUCGCCGACCUCGGAAACCUGGGCACCAAUUUACCAGGUUCCUCCAGCAGUAAUUUUUCCGGGCCUUCUUUCAGCGCAAAGACUCCCUCCUCCUCCACUUCCUCCUCUGCUAAGCCUCAAGCCCAGCCCUGGCAGUCAGCAAGACCCUCUUCAGCCCAGAGCAAACCUUGGAUGGCUGGAUCAGGACAAGGACCUGCACCCAAAGCACCCUCUGCAUCUCAGUCUGCAGGCGCACAGCCCACUAAACCCAACUACAACCUCAACUUUUCCAGUGUGAUUGGUGGGAGAGAGGAGAGAGGAGUUCGGGGGCCUGGAUUUGGCCCCAAACCGAAGGUAAAGGAGGACGAUUUUGAGGACCUGCUGUCAACUCAGGGUUUUGCCUCGAGGCCUGAUAGGAAGGGACCAAGGACCAUCGCUGAAAUGAGGAGACAGGAGAUCACAAAAGACAUUGAUCCACUUAAAUUACAGAUCUUGGACUGGAUCGAGGGGAAGGAGCGAAACAUCCGAGCGCUGCUGUCAACUCUGCACACUGUGCUGUGGGAGGGUGAAACCCGCUGGAGGCCUGUGGGCAUGGCCGACCUGGUGACACCCGACCAGGUGAAGAAAUACUACAGGAAGGCUGUGCUGAUUGUCCAUCCAGAUAAGGCAACAGGCCAGUCUUACGAAGAUUACGCUAAGAUGAUCUUUAUGGAAUUGAACGACGCCUGGUCAGAGUUCGAGAACCAGGGAUCCAAAGCACUCUUUUAGAACACCUGGUCUGGAUCCCAGCUAGACCAGACCAGACUGGACUGGAUUCAGCCUAACCACACACAAGGGUUAGACUGGGCCAGAUUGGACAGGACUGAGCCCACAUUGGGCCUUAGGGGGCGCAGAGCCUCUGAGAGGUGUCCUCUCUACCAUUCCCUUCACUCCCUUCUUCCUUCUUUACUUUCUUCUCUUUCUACAGUCAAGGAAAAAAGACCUUUUGCCGGCAAAAAAACAAACAUUGUGAUAGUUGUUGAAACUCACUGCCUACCUGUACGACUGCCUGAGUGGUGCUGCAAACAUCUGGAGGGAAGGAUGGGUGACAAUCACACGAGGAAGACAGAGUGGAAAUGAGUACUACAUAAUAAGACAAGGACUUUUAAGAUUAUCAUGACAGUGGUAUUCUGAUGAAAAGAUUUAACGAGCCCACACUGAUGAGAUGUUGCUAAAUUCUGGCUGUGGCUGGUGAGUUGGUGAGCACUUUUGCAAACAACCAGCCACUUCACUGACUGGUUAAAAAAAUAAAAAUAAACACGGCUGUACAUUUUCCAGCAUGCCGGCCAACAUGGAGUGUUGUUUUUAAGCUUAGCGAACGUUGCUGAUGAAUUUUGGGACAAACCAGCCACAGCAAACAACGGACAAAAAACUAUCCCGCCUCAAAUGGAGAAGCAGGAUUUUUGAACGACCAUAGAUCUGUUGAUAAUGCCCAUUAAUACUUUGAAGUGCACCUUUUGGGGUCAGUGGUGGUUUGGGUUUGUUGUUGAGCCAUUCCUCUCCAGAAAGACAAGACUAUUGCCUGCUGAACACUACUAGUGCUGCUUCUACCAUAACAGUUACGACUACACACACACACACACACACACACUCCUCAGAUUGAUGUUAAAACCUGCAUCCUAAACUUCUGACAAAGAAACUUGUUUUGGAGCCCCAUAUAAACCGAAGCGGGCAGUCUGUCGUGUUUUUUUGAAGUGCUCUUUCAAUUCCACCCACUCAGGCUAUACUGUGUAGCUGACUGCAUGCUCUCCCACACCACACCUCUGAACAACAGGGGGGGGGGGGUGUUUGAUUUCAAACCAGGGUAGUCCAAACGGGCGGUGGCUCUUUUAUUGAAGUGCUCUUUUUCUUGUAGCAGAAACAGACAGACAGACUCAGCACUCACGCUGCUCAUUGCUUUCGAGCGUCUCCGUCAUCACUGUCAUUACCAACCCCUCUCUUUGUCUCUGCAAGCCCCACCCACCUCCGGCGCCGAGUUCAGUGGACAUUUUUUUGUCAGGAGCAGAUCAAAAAGUGAAGGAAUGAAAAGAGAAUAUGCUGAUUGAAUCUUGGUUUUUACUUUUUCUUGUAUUUUUUUGGGAGGGGGUUCAUUCUGAGCUUUUUCUCACUUAAUCAUCACUUCAGUGUAAAUAUCAGAAUAUCAUCCAUCAAGUGGCUUUGUCGAGGCUACAGCCUGAUGUGUUAUUGAGCGUCACGCUCAACCGCGUGAAUGGUUGUGUGAUUGCGUGCGUGCAUGUGUGUGUGUAUCUUUCAUGGAGAAAUUAAUGAAACCCUGUUGGACAUCAUGCUUUCUUGUCUGCAGUCACAAUCUUAAUUUAAUGUUUUCCAGUCUCUCCCACACUUUUGAUUUUGUGGACGUUUGUGUUUCCAUCAAUCUUUCCAAUUUUUGCUUGCUCUGCUUUUCUUUCCCUUUAUUUUUUAUUUCACAUUUUACCUCAUGGACCAAUCAAAUCACCUGUUUUCUUAUUUAUUAUUAUGUUUUUUUUUCCUUCUUUCGGAGGGUUGGGGGUUGUUCUGACAUGUAUUCAUGCUAUUAAUGGCACAAGUGGAAAAAAAAAUUCAGAUAAUAUAUAAGUGGAAUGUGCUGAGUGGGAAGGUUGUUGGUUGAUGACAUUGAGCCUCUCUUGCUGUUUUCAUUCCAAAGCAUCUAUUAUUAAUACGAAUGUGCUUUUACAAAUAUAUAUCCUCUCUGUUGUUGAGCA